AAAAUUCCACUUUGCACAACACCGGUUUGAACCAGACAGGGGGAGAGAGAGAGAGAGAGAGAGAGAGAGAGAGGGAGAGGGAGAGAGAUGCAUCUGAGCGAGAACGAAGGCAUCGAAGGGAAUACCUUCGUAGUGACGGGCGGUUCGGGCUUCGUUGGAUCCUCGCUUUGCCUCGAGCUCGUCCGUAGAGGAGCCCGUGAAGUUCGAUCGCUCGACCUCCGGGCCAACUCCCCAUGGAUCCCUCGGCUCAGGGACAGGGGCGUCAUCUGCAUUUCCGGGGAUGUGAGCAAGAAGGAGGACGUCGAGAAAGCAUUCCGUGGUGCUAACUGUGUUUUCCAUCUUGCUUCUUAUGGCAUGUCGGGCAAGGAAAUGCUCCAAGCUGCGCGCAUUGAUGAAGUUAAUAUAAAUGGUACCUGCCAUGUUCUGGAUGUUUGUUUCGAAUUUGGGGUCCAGAGGCUGGUCUAUAUGAGCACUUACAAUGUUGUCUUCGGUGGUAAUGAGAUUGUAAACGGAAACGAGCUGCUGAAUUACUUCCCAGUGGAUGCACAUGUAGAUCCGUAUAGUCGGAGUAAGAGCCUGGCAGAACAAUUGGUUUUGAAGAGCAACUGUCGGCGUUCCAAGAAAGGAGGGAGAACUCUUUAUACUUGUGCAAUCCGUUCUGCUGCUAUUUAUGGACCUGGUGAGGAAAGGCACCUCCCAAGAAUAUUGUCAUUAGUGAAGUCAGGGCUUUUCAGAUUCAAAAUAGGUGAAGAGACGGUUCGUACAGACUGGGUUUAUGUGGAUAAUCUUGUGCUUGCACUUAUCCUGGCAAGCAUGGGACUUCUAGAUGAUCUUCCUGGUAAAAAGGGGAUUCCUAUAGCUUCUGGGCAGCCAUACUUCAUAUCUGAUGGCAUUCCUGUGAAUACUUUUGAGUUUCUUCACCCAUUGAUCUUAAGUCUGGGGUAUGAUUCCCCAAGCCGCAAAAUAAAGGUUUCUCAUGCUCUUAUGUUGGCACGUUUUUUCUUCGCUGUCUACUCUCUUCUGUAUCCAUGUUUACAGCAUUCGUGGCUUCCUCAGCCUAUGCUUCUUCCAGCAGAAGUACAUAAGGUGGGCGUGACCCAUUACUUCUCCAUAUUGAAGGCAAGGCAGGAGCUUGAUUAUGAGCCUCUGGUGAGUCCACGCCAGGGAAUGGCUGAGACAAUUGCGUACUGGCAGGAGAUGAAAAGGAGGACAGUAAACAGUCCCCCUAUUUACGUAUGGCUCUUCUGCAUAAUUGGCAUGCUUAUCGUGAUUUGCUCUGCUGUUGUACCAUAUCCAUAUCUUGGUCCUUUUGAAUGUGUGAGGACACUCAGCCUCUUUGUUUUCCGAUCAUUAUUGGUCGUGCGAUUAGUGGCAACUGUGGCAUCAUCUGUACAUAUCUUGGAAGCUGGAUAUGCUUGGUACCUGGCUAGGGGGGUGGAUCCCCCUAAUGCGAAACGCUGGUUCUGGCAGACACUUGUUCUUGGCUUCUUCUCUUUAAGAUAUUUGUUGAAAAAGCGAGUGAAUUGAGAGGAAGCCUGCCUGAAGCCACAAGAAGUGUCCAAUCCAGAGAGUGUAACCUGCAAUCACGCAACCAAGAGAUUUCUUUUUAUAUGAACAAUGAAACCAAGAGCUGCAACGUUCAUAUUAUGCUUAUAAAUUUUCAAUUGUUAACUAAUUUCGUCACAGAUUCUUCUUUGAAUUUAUUGAUUCUUGGACUGGUU